AUGAUAAUCCAGAUCGUGGUACAAAUAACUUUGUUGAGCUCGACGAUAUACAAAUACAAAACCAUACUACUUAUUCCAACUUUAACUUUAAGAAACAUUCCACAAACCCUGAACAUUAUUUUUGUGACUUUUUAUGGAUACUACGUGUCACUCGGGUUGAUCUUGCUGUGGGAAAUCAAUCGAAACCUGCUUAAGUUUACUAACAUCUCAAAUCAGAAAUCCAUAAAACCACCCUUGAUAGGAUCGUUGGGUUGGGAAUUGCCAAACUUUGCGGAACGUGUCAAACAACUUCGAAAAGUUCAUUUGGAAAUGACCAUUUUGCUUUCGCAACUGAAUGGAGCAUUCGGUCUAGUACUGAUUUUAAUCAUAACUUCAACAUUUUGUGGCAUGAAUAUCGAUUGUUUCGUACUUUAUCGAUCUUCGGCAGUGUGGAGUGGAACACAUACUUCGAUCGCUAUCUACGUAGUCCUACGUUUUUGCUGUCUGCUGAUCACAGUCAUUCCCACCGGGUUGGUCAGAUCCGAGAACAACAAAACAGCUCUGAUACUUUGCAAAUUUGAUGAAACGGAGGACCCUACAUUGAACAGCUCGAUUGAUCGAUUCCUGCAGCAGUUGAAUGAGGCGAAAAAUAUCUUCUCCCUCUGUGGAAUGUUGAACCUUGGGAUGGCAUUGUUGGUAUCGAUGAUCGCAUCGCUAAGUACUUACAUGGUUAUACUGAUACAGUUCGAUAACGAAAUAAUAUCAAAAAUUAAUCCUUAA